GCAGCGCCAUGCCAUCAAAAGCAGGUACGUGUUUUGUACCCGGCUGCAAGAGCGGAUACAAGUCGUGUGCGGCGAGGGUGUCUUCGUUCCGAGCUCCCAAGGAUGUUUUGCGACGCGAGAAAUGGGCCCGUAAUACGAAACGCGGCGAGAAGGAACACACUCCCGACUGCUUCGUUUGUGAACGUCACUUCGAAACAGCGUUCUUUCAAAGGACUUUUCGCCACAUUAUCAAUGGCGAAGUUGUGGAAAUGCCACGCGAUCGGCCCCAGCUCACAGAUGAUGCCGUUCCUACCUUGUUUCCGGAUGCGCCGAAAUACUUGACCACAAAAGCGCCUAUCAAAAGGAAGGAAAGAAAUUUGUGUCAACAAGAUGGGCCCCCAACUAAAAAAAGAAAGGCCACUAGCAAGCACGUGACACAGGAAGCAAGUGAACCAGCAAGAGAAGCGGAACAAUUUCAUCCUGCAGAACCGGAGUUAUCGCCUACCGAAGAAGCGGUACAUUGUAACACUACAGAAGCGGAAUCACAGAGUGUCAUCAACUUGAAAAACUUAUGCCAGAGCCUUGAACUUCCCGGCACGGGCUGGAACAAGUUAACGUUUGCCACUGAACCAGGAGCCGUGUUUUUGGGCCUUUGUGAAUUCCAGCAAGCCGAGUUAGAUCACCUGCUCAUGCCAAAAUUGGUGAAGUUUGAACAGGUUGGUGAUGAAAUGGGAACGGUGCAUUGUUCCGUAUUUCUGAGGGCCAAGCUGCACCUAGAACGUCCUGUUUCUUCGCUGGAUGAGGCGCAGUCAGUGCUGAACAGCACACAUUCACUUGUUGUGUGUGCUGGUUGUGGAAUGAAAAUUACCAAGGUUGGAAAGUAUGCGUGCUUUGCCGGCUCAUACUACUCUAAUAAGUGCAACCUUACAUGUCAAAACAAGGGCCCUUGCAUGCAUUGCAAGUACCUAAGGAGGUUGUUAAAAAAUCAGCUGUCACGACAGAAGCAUGGAGUUGCAGUGAAACGCCUAAGGAAAUACGAGUAUGCAAGGACACGUCGUCGUCUGCACGCUGCACAACUGAAGCUGUUGAACAUGAAGAAGGAGCUGGAGCUGAUGCGGGCUGCUAAUGAACAAAUUGGAGAUGAGGCAUUGAAUGACCGCAUUACAGCGCUACCACAAAAGCAACAGAUGGCUAUUAGGGCAUGCUUCACUGCAGCAAAAAGAAAAUCAACAUGUGGUAUGCCGUAUGAGAAGGACUGGAUAUUAGAAUGUGUGCUUCUUCGUAUGAGGAGUCCGAAGCUGUAUGAACACCUUCGUAAGCAGAAAAUUCUCAUCCUCCCAAGUCGGACUUGUCUGCAGCGUUACGUACGCAACUUCAAAAGUGGCUUUGGUUUUAAUGACAGCGUCUUCAAAGCACUUGGUGCCAAGGCUGAAAACAUCGAUGUCUUCAGCCGACAUGGUGGCAUCUUAUUUGACGAACUGAAGUUGUCCGAGCAGUUCGGUGUCAACACUGCAGGAGCUGUUGAAGGAUUUGUUGAUUUAGGCAGCUUCACAACAGAUGAACAAAGAGCAACACCAGCAGACCAGGGGAUGGUAAUGCUUUUUCAGCCAUUUCAAGGAGACUGGACACAGAUACUCGGUGUGUUUUCUUCAAAAGGAAAUAUCAAAGCAGGAAUGCUUUCUAAGCUUCUUCUCGAGGCAAUUCUUCUUGCAGAAAAAGCAAGCCUCUUCGGGGACUUCGUGUCUUGUGAUGGGGCUACGUGGAACCGCAGCAUGUGGAAGUCAUUUGGAAUUGGUGCGUACCCGAGUGGCGUCACGUGUAAAGUUGCACAUCCCGUCGACCCUUCAAGAGAGCUGCACUUCUGUUCAGAUUUUCCCCACUUAGUGAAAUGUAUUCGCAACACUUUUGUGAGCACUGGUUUCACUACUCCAGAUGGACGUGCAUGUUUGAACACAUAGAAGCAGCAUGGGCUAAGGACAACAGUUCUCUCACGCUAAAGGCGAUACCACACGUAACAAAAGCACACAUUCGACCUAACUCAUUUGAAAAAAUGAAAGUAAAUUUAGCUUUCACACUUUUCAGUGAAGUGCUCAAAGGCAUGUUUCUGUUUAUAUCGGAUGUAGAACAGUGCUCAAAUUCAGUGUCUGCAACAGAACAUCUUGUGAGACGCCUGAGCCGGCUUAUAGCUAUAAUGACGUCAAUGUACCCAAAACGUGGACUUAGACCAUCAUCGGAAGAUGCUGCAGAACUUGAGGCAUUUCUUGUAUUUUUCUACGAAUGGGAACAAGCUUCAAAAAAAUGCGGAGGUGGGUUCGUAAGCAAAAGUACUGCUGAAGGCAUGCGUAUUACCAUAUGCAGCACACUCUCACUUUUGCAGUAUCUCACAUCUUCUGUGGGGUUCAAAUACUUGUUGACGUCCAGACUAAGUCAGGACAAGCUCGAAAACUUAUUCGGCAUAAUAAGGCAAUAUUCAGGAACUAAUGACCAUCCAAGCCCAGGCCAAUUUCUUAUAACAGUAAAUUGUCUAAGUUUUUAUAACCUCGCACGAUCCCCAAAAUCUGGAAACUGCCCGGCACAGGUUGUCAAUGCUCUGCUCGACACUUAGUCAGCAGGCACAAACAACAGUGCUGUCUUUGGCAUUCAAGACAUUGUCGAGGAUAUGCUAGAGGUCGGAAACAUUGAUGGUGCUGCCUCUGCCAUUCAAUCUGCUUUAAGCAAGGAUCACAGUAGCUAUGUGGUAGAAAAAAGUGACAGCCGUCUGGCUUUUUACAUGGCUGGCUAUGUAGCUAGAAAGUUUAAAAGAAAAAGUUCUUGUGGCAUGUGUGCAUCUACACUAGCCACAAAAAGCAAGACAUAGUGGACAAUGCACACAAUCAGCUUAUUAAGCGUUUCGACCGUGGAGGUUUGUUGCAUCCUGGGGAUAACUUGGCCGUACUUGUAAUGACGUUGGAGGAAGCGUUUACUUUUUUUUUCUACUGAGAAGCUGCAGGCUUUCAGCAUACAUGAUUUUAUGUUAUUUCUGAGCACUGUAAAGCUUCAUCAAGUUGGGUGUGAACACCAUUGAAAAGAACUAACAGCACAAAUAGUUGAGUUUUUUGUGCUCACACACUUGCAUUUUUACGCCAAAUCACUCAACAAAGACAGAGCUGUACAGAGGGAAAAGCAGAAGCACCUUAAGCUGAGAAGGUGCCAGUAGGCCGAGACGAGUGCAAUAUACACUUUGGAAAAAGUGCGAUUACAGAUGCAAGUACAAAUAACUAAACCCUCUAGUCCAUGCUGUCCAUGACUUGUGCCGAAUAAAAUGUCAUAGCGCAUUUUUCGUACUGUUUUCUUUAUGACUAGCCUUGAAAUGUAAACAUAUAUUGACACUAAAAGCCGUGCUGGGACUUAAUUUCUAUAGAGUAAAUAACUGCUAACCACAUCUCGAAUGUCACUUUCUGGCCUGGUGGUGAACCGAGGUAUGAUAAUGGGGACAAAAUGUUUCUGCAAAACUAGCUGGAUGCGUCCAGGUUUA